CUACUCACGUAAUACAAGUCAAGAUGAAGCAUAUGAUAUUUGUUUUUGUUGCACUCAUCGCUAUUACUUUGGGGCAACAGGUGAAGCAAGAUGAACCAAUCAAGAUCGUACGAUUAGAAAAUGAAGGUGUAAACGCCGAUGGAUCUUAUAGAUGGAACUUUGAGUCUGCCAAUGGAAUAGUUGCCGAAGAGCAAGGUUCCAUUAAGGAAGUCGAGGAAGGACCAGGACCAGAUGUUCAAGGACAAGUACAAUACACCGCUCCAGACGGUUCUCCAAUUUCUCUUUCUUACAUCGCUAAUGAAAACGGUUUCCAACCUCAAGGUAGUCAUCUACCAACUGCACCGCCAAUACCCGAAGACAUUUUGAAAGCUUUAGAAUACAACGCGGCACAUCCCGAAGAAGACAAUUUAUAAAAUACAGAAAAUUUCUAUAUAUUUAAUUGUGUUGUACACAA